CACACAAGCCUGUCCUCCCUUUGAUCAUGGAGUGGAAACUGCUUCAAGUCUUCAUCUUUUAAGCUAACGUCAACUUGCCUAUCAAUGCCUAUGCACCUUUACUUGAAGCAGGUUCUGGACUGCUUCUGCUGCUGCUGCUGCUGUUGUCCAAAGUCUGGGGCCAGUUGCUCAAGUACAUGUUUAUGCUAGAGCUUUCUUCUAGCCUUGAAUAACUUGAAUAUGGGUAUUAAGAUAAUCUUUGGAGUAAACCUGAUGUUCAGCAGCAUUCACAGCUAGAGAGCUAAAUAACACUUGAAUAAAAGGGAUGAUGUACUGCUGCCUGCCCUUGGGUGUCUAUGUGCAAUGGUGUCUUCGGGCAUAUAUAUAAUAUAUGCAGUCACUGGGGAAAAUGUCUGUGACUCUCACUCAGCUGUUAAUAUUUGACACCUAAGUACCUAAGGGACGCGGGUGGUGCUGUGGGUUAAACCACAGAGCCUAGGACUUGCUGAUCAGAAGGUCGGUGGUUCGAAUCCCCGUGACAGGAUGAGCUCCCAUUGCUCUGUCCCAGCUCCUGCCAGCCUAGCAGUUCGAAAGCACGUCAUAGUGAAAGUAGAUAAAUAGGUACCGCUCCGGCGGGAAGGUAAACGGCAUUUCCGUGCGCUGCUCUGUUUCGCCAGAAGCGGCUUAGUCAUGCUGGCCACAUGACCCGGAAGCUGUACGCCGGCUCCCUUGGCCAAUAAAGCGAGAUGAGCGGCACAACCCCAGAGUCGGUCACGACUGGACUAAUGGUCAGGGGUCCCUUUACCUUUACCUUUAAGUACUGGCUAAAAGGUAGAAGUGAAAUUGCCUGUACUUAUUUCAGAACUGAGCGAAUCAAGUCAAACUCCCAUUCUGUUUUGAGAGCGGUGCUCUUAUUAUGCUGGUUCUCGCUCAACAAUGGAACCGCACUUGCUACAAAUAAUAAUAAGACUGGUGCUGUGAUAGGAGGAUCUUACGAGUAGCAAGAAGGGACGCAAACAAGGUUGAAAUACAAGUGACCUAAUGGGAGGCGGAGGUACAAGUGGCUGAGAGAGAUGUUCUUUACUGAGACCUCCCUCAGGCGUUGAGAGAGAUUCCCAUUCCCUGAAAACGAGUAUGCAUUGAAGGAAUGACAUUGCUGGUAACUUUGGCUCUGUUUCUGUUUCAGAAAGCUUUCUGGGAUGGCAUGGGCCAAAGUCACAUUCCACAGAGCAGCUGAAAAAUGGUGCCCUUAGUUCUUUGACAGUUGCUAGUGCCAAUCUUACGUGGCCAGGAGUCCCAUCUAAGCCGCAGGAGGCACAAACCAUAUCGUCUUUGUUGGUGAGUGUGGUGCAAUUAAAACACUUGGGCCAAGUAUUUCUGUGUUCUAGGCGUAUUGUGUAUAUGUGCUGUGUUACGUAACUGAACAGAUCACCUUUGAAAGGUCCUUUUUACUAAUGCUCGUGUUUCCUCCCUAGUCUAGGAGUUCUGGUUUAUAUGAACUCGCUUGAAUGCAAGUUGCUGUGCAGGACUAGAACUUAACUUCCUUAAGAUUUAUUUCAUACUGUGCAUUUAGACCUCCCCAUUAGAGCAGAAAUAUAGGAAGCUGUUUUAUACUGAUACCUCCCUCUCGUGCGUGGAUGCAGACAUGUUUGGCUGCAUAUGGAUCAGCACAUGGGCAAACAUUAUUAGUACAUAGGUUGGGAGCUAUUGGUUCUUGUAACCAGAGAGGUUUAAAUAGCCCUUUUAGAUGUUUGGUGAAGAAAAAGGCUGGAGAAUAUAAAGACUGUGGGUAAAUGAGUUAAGUGCUUCUGCUCAAGUGCUGUGGAUGCUGUUCUUUCAGUCUUAUUAGAUUGUGGAGCCCUUCGAUUAACAAGUUAAGUGUGUGUGUAUAUGUGUUAAGUAUAUCUGUUGUAAGAGACCUUAUUCCUUCCCCUUUAUUUUUUCAGUUCACUAUGCAGUGAAGCAAAUGCCCACAGAAAAUACCUAGCAUAAGCAGAAUGCUCUCUCCCUUUUGUGCUGAAUUGUUUCCAAAGGCCCCCUUGAAUUAUGAACUGAGAAUGAAAUGUUGUGGCAUAUUUGAAGUGGCUCCUGGGUAGCUGCUGUAGUGGGAAUUGGCUGCAUAAAUUCUGUCUGUGUUGCCUGUGGAUGUGACACACUUUUUGCUCAGUCUUCACUCUGCCAAAAUAAAAACAAAAACCUUCAGAAAGUGAUGAAGGCGUUUUCAACCCAGGGAGCGCAUAAUCCACAGGUAACCUCGCUGACAAAGGAAUUGCUUUAAUAAACACCGUAGCUUCCUUCAUCAUAAGCCUGUUAAUGAUUUUCAUUUUCACAAGUCUCAUUAUCUUCAUCCAAGUCAGCAGUAUUGCUUUCUAUGCCCUUUGCUUCAUAAUGUCUACUCAUUCAGACAAGAUGAAUAUGUUUACUGCCUCCUUGGGAGCCAGUCAGAGCUCAUGCAGCCAGCCCUGCUCCCCACCGCCCCUUAACUCACAUGGUCCGCCUUAUUGAGAUUCCCUUUGGAUGUGUGCCACUUACAUCCCAGUUUAUUUUCUUCCCUCUUAGGCUGCACUAAGAGAUUACUUGACAAGCAGUGUAGUGUUGCCAUAGAUCACCACCUAGUGGUCAAACGCUGUUCCAGUGGUUACGCUUUGAAACCUUUUACUGUAUAGAAAAGUCUAUGGUAGAAGACUGAAGUUUUUUCUUCAAGAAUUAGAACAUAUUACAGGCAGAUUCUAACAAUACCUGGCAUCACUCAAGUCAUGUGUGUAGUUGGUCAAAAGCUCAAGAGACAAGGAUGCUCAUGCUUAUUCAUGUAAAAAUAUUAAAAGUAAAAAUAUUAAUACCUCGAGUUGAAUGUGUUUCGGGUUGAGCGCAUUUGAGUUGCGCUCCGCGGCAACCCGGAAGUAACGGAGCACAUUAUAUGUCAGGAGUGCUCUGAUGGUGUUUCCUGCUUGGCAGGGGGUUGGACUCGAUGGCCCUUGUGGUCUCUUCCAACUCUAUGAUUCUAUGAUUCUAUUAUUCUACUUCCUGGUUUCGCCGCUCGCGCAUGCACAACGCUCAAAAUGACGUCGCGCGCAUGCACAGAAGCGGAGAAAUGCGACCUGCCGUUGCGCCUUGUGUUCCAUUCAGGAUGCGAACGGGGCUCCGGAACGGAUCUCGUUCGCAUCCCGAGGUACCACUGUACACAAUUGUACCCUCUUUUGUAUAAAUUGAAGUAAAAACUAAUUUAAUAGUUGUUGCUUGCUUUUAUGCUGAUUAAAAAUCCUUCUGCAGGAUUUUGUUUUCAUAAUGAGGCAUUUGUAAAACUCAUGUUUUCUUAAUUUUAAACCAACAACAACAAGAAGAAGUUCAGGCUUGUAUAAAGAAACAAAUAUAGCAUGAACAAAGUAGACUUCCCUCCCUUUGUUCAAAGACAUUAAUAUUCUUUUUUUGUAAGUUUCUCAUUUGAAAGUAAAUUUUUGAAUUGCAAUAUCUAUCUAUCUAUCUAUCUAUCUAGGUGAUUUUUGCCUAACAGUGAGUAAAGCUAGAGUAAAUAACCAUAUAGAUGUACCUGAUUGUGGAGAUUUCUGGCCAGAUUUUGCCUAUGAAACUUUCUUCUUUUGUGGAUCAUCCUUCUUCCAUCAGAGCACCCCAAUUUAUGAAACAUCGAGGGCUGUAUUUGGGGGUUGGGGGAACCCUCAAAGCAGGUGGGAUGACUUCAUUGGAUACAACCCAAAGAUAUGAAAGUUAAAAAUUUGUAAUGAGUAAGACAUUUUAAAAUUGCUUAACUUUUGUCUUCUUUAUACUUUGAAAUGGCCAUGGUUCAUGGAGUAUAAUUUGCACUUUCAAAACAACAACAACAAUAAACCUGAUAAAUGGAAAAAUGGAUAAAGGGGAAAAUACAGCCAAGUGUCAUUUGUGAAGCUAUACACGGAAACAUCAAAUCAGCUCAUAAUGCCCUCAUUCUCACAUAACACACUAAGCCAUUAGUAUUCUCUGGACCCCUGCUCAUGGUUUUGCUGUCCAAGACACACCACAAGCUGCAAAGCCAUAGGGCAAAUCUCGGUUGCAGCUCAUGGUUUAUCUGAAGAAAGCUUAACCCACAUGCCUGGGUUUGGAUGGUACAUGAAGCCAGAUCAUGGCUUGACUCAGCACAGCAGCAAAACAACAGGGGAGAAGCUCAGCUGCUGCCUUCUCCUCUCCUGCAGUUAUUUGUUCUUGCCAAGCUGUAGUUUGGCUUAGUGUUACGUGCCAGUCUUGCAGCAUCACUUUUGUAGUUAAUGCCUGGCUUCCACUAUCUGAAUACCUGCAAGGUGCUUUGAACCACUUCAGAAAAGCAGUAACUUAGUCACCCUUAAAAUAACCCUUUAAGAUAGGCAUCACUAGAUAUCUGUCUCUUGAGGCAGACAUCGGAUGCCGACAACAGCAUUAGAUAUUCCAAAGAGACAAUUCCUUUCUUUUUCAAAGGACUCUGACUUUCUCUCUCUCUUCCCCCUCCAUGCGCCCAAAACCUGGUGAAUUUCCUUUCUAGUUGUUCUUUUCGCCACCAACCCAGGCUGCUUUUAAAACUCCACUUAGGGAGUGCAUUGAUUUUCCUCUCCUAGGGUGGGUAAGCUAGGCUUUUCCCUGCCUUUGCUGUGAAAAGAACAGAUGUACAUUCCAUUGAUUUUUGAGCAUUGAUUCACCCCUCAGGCUUGGCCCUCCUCCCGGGCUUGAAGCAGGCUCCCUGCCUUCCCCCCCUCUUUUAAAAACCCCCACACACAAUUUAAGGUUUGGCCUAGAUAUUUAUAGAAUUAAAUGCACAUUUGCCCUUCAACCCCCUCCCUCCCUUUUUAAAGAGAGACUCAAUUUUAAAAUUACGUAGUAGAACUUUUUAUAUCCCACCUUUUACGGUUUAGAUAUGCAGCCUAUUGAAAAUAGUUUUAAUUCCUGGUCAGUGUCUGAAAGCAGACUGAAUGAGGCAAUGUUUGUUGUGUAACUGGGGUAAGGAAUAUCUGACUUGUGGGCCAACUUUGGCCCACCAGCGGGGGACCAGUUUUGCUUGCCAGGCGUGACAUCACUGUUGACAUCAGCUGAUGGGCGGGAGGGCAGGGUUUAAUCCUGUAUUGGCUGUGCUACCCUGUUCCCAGCUGAUGAAUGAAGAUUAAAAAACAAACAAACAAAAAAACCCCUUUCCUUUCUCCUUUAAACAGGCAGGAAACGGUCCUGCUCCUGCCCACUCUUACAUGCCCUCUUACAGCUGCUGGAGGAGGGAGAGGCUGUUUCAAAAGGCACGUUGCUCUUUAAGACAAUCUUUCAGUGCUUUCAGUGGAGGUGUAGAGCAGAGGUUGGGAAGGUUUUCCUCGCCUGGGCUGGUUCACUCCAGCGGAUGUCCCUCCAUGGGCCAGAUCUUGCCCACGGCCGCGAUUUCCAGCAUCUGUGCAGACAAAAUUUUUGGCGUCUGCGCAGACUCAAUUUUUGGCACCACGGAAGCGAGUCCCCACGCCACGCUGUGCCAGUUUAGCGGGUUUUGCCACCUGCGCAUGCGCAGAAGUGAUCUAUGUGCCGUGCACAUGCGCAGAACAGGCACCUCCAGUUGCGGAUUCCUCGGGAUCCUGUGUGCAAACGGAGGUACUGCUUUAUAUAAAUCCAUUUCAUUCAAUCAUCCCUUAUGGCCACCAUCUCUUCUGUCUCAUAGACUAAACACUGGCGUCUCAACAGGGUUGCAGCUUGUCCUUUACGUUGUUUAAUAUCUACAGGAAGCUGCUCAGGGAGGGUGUCUGGAUAUCCUGAGUGACACAUCAUCAAUACGUGGUGGCACCCAUCUCUCCUUCCCUUCCCCUCUUAGCCUAGUGAGACUUGAGUCGCUCAUCUGGUACUUGCCAUCAUCAAGUUCCUUCACCUUUUCCCAAUGUUCUGGUGGUUGUCAUGUCUUAUCCUCCACGAAUAAUGACUUCUGCAGCCUGGAAUAGGUAGGGAGUGGCAUACCUAAAGAGCUUUAAAAACCAGUUUAGCACGUAAGCUGCUGAAUGAAGUGUAUAGAACUGGAUAGCUCAGUUGGCUGGUGCUGAUGAUGUCAGGGUUUCAGGUUCAAUCCCCGUAUGGGGCAGCAGCAUAUUCCUUCAUUGCAGGGGGUUGGACUCUGCAGUUCUCUGAUUAUAAAUGCCACCCCAGUCUCUGAACAGUGAGAGUCUCCAAGGUUUUCCCAGGGUUUGGUUUCCACGGAAUGAAGGUCAGUGGAGACUGCGGUGUUUUUAGGAUAUAUGGUUUUAUUUGCACAUGUGCACAACUCGAGCAUGAGAUCUCAGCUUUAACACCGCAACAAAUUUUGCUUCCCUAUCUGGUUGUAAGGGGAGCCCCAAAGUCCAGCACAGAGCUAAAAAAUCUGUGCCUCUCUGCUUCCUGCCCGCUUCCAGCUCAGCUGUCUCUCUCGCACACUCUUUAGCCCAGCCCUCCCCACUUUGGACCUAUUAUUCCCCUUCGCUUAGCUGCAGCUAUUGCAACUUAGCUCAUUCGUUUAGAUGCUGAUCAGGGCAGUCAAAUUGCCAGCUUAGGUCCUUGUCUUACUAAGGAACUUGCCUGACUGGUUUGGCAACCUUCUCUACUAGAGUCUAACAUUCAUGGAAUAUACAAGAUCCCAAGAAUUGGAAGGGGUUUCAGGGCAUCAUUGAGACUGAAACACCCCACCCCACCCCCUAACAUUAUAUUUAAAACUGCUUCACUUUCCAUACACACAUGCCACCUUGUUAGAUUCUCACUGUAUUUUUUCAAAGAGAUAGCAGACUUUUUGAGAGGCUUUGUGGCUUCUGUCCCAAGUGCAGAAUAUAGCAUUGAUUGCAACAUUUGUUGCUUCGUGUUAUCAGCAUGCUUUUGACUUUGAAAUAUCUGGCAAGUGAGCUUACAUAGAUCCUGAAAAGGAGGAUCUCUAUGGCUGGAUGCUGCUUCUUCCUGGAGUGUUGGCAUGGCGCUUGAGUAUUUACAGGCAGAUUCCGUCUAGUAAUUGGCUUUCCUCUGACUUCUGUUGGGGUGUGUUGCUGUAAAUUGCAUCUCUCUUAAUUAGAGUUCAUGAACUGACUGGGAGGGGCGGGGGGGGGAGAGUUUUGGCUGACAUCCAAAAUAUACAUUGCAAGUAACUAAAUAAAAUGAGGUUUGACUUGUCUCUUGAAACAGAACGAACCAUUUAAUGCUACCCCUGAGGAAACAGACUGACACAGCUAGAUAUUAGUAAUAUUAAAUAAUAGUGCUCCUUUUUGCCCCCUCAUACCAGUAGUUUAGGGUUUCCCAAACUUGGGUCUCCAGCUGUUUUUGGACUACAAUGCCCAUCAUCUCUAGCUAGCAAGACCAGCAGUCAAGGAUGAUGGAAAUGGUAGUUCGAAAACAGCUGGAGACCCAGGUUUGGAAAACACUGCUGUGGCUGGUAGAAUCUGGGUUCUUGAUGUCAAGUGGGAUUUCUUUUUUAAAAUACUCAGUUGAAGGGUUUUAUAUCUAUUACUUUUGUUUCAUUCAGCAUCUAUUCUGAAUUUGGGAUGUGCUAACAUUCCCCCCUGUUUUGUGUGUAUUCAUACCAGAGGGAGAUAGUGGGCUGUGUGUGUAUGUAUGUAUGUAUGUAUGUGUAUGUGUGUGUAACUAAACAAAUUAUAUGGGUUAGCAAAUUCCUAGUCUGGAGUGAGAUACAAGGUGGCUAAGAGAGGAUUUUUCAAGCUGCUCACAGUUCUGCUUGCUAGGAGUGUGUGUCUUUUGCUCCUCUAGGAAGAAGGAACUCCCAGAAAUCGCAGACAGGUUCUCGCUUCCACUGCAGUUUGGGUAAGAGAAGAAAUAGCAGGUGUCCAAGCCUUCACACAAGUAAUGCAAGACCCCACCUCUCCCCAAGGCCUCUAUGCUUGCUGGAGGGGACAAAACAUUGAUAUGAAGGACAGAAGAAGCUUGAUUAAUGGAGCAAUUGGACAUUUGUUGCCCUGUUCUUCCAGGGGAGUGUCUGUCAGCAGAAUGCAUCUUUACUGAAUACAUUCUACUUAUUCCACAGUUCUCACUCAACUCCACAACUUUUCCUGUUCCCCCUCAUAAAACUGUUUAAUGAAUAGGCUGUGAUAGGUGUAGCCCAAGGUGCAAAGCUAAGGCAACUUGGGCAGGUGUUAGCUAAGUGGCUAACUUGUUGACUCGAGAUGUUACCAUGUGCAGGAGUUUAUUCUGAAUCUAGGCAAAACUUUGCAAGGUGUGUGGGGGGAGUUCUUUUUCAGAUGAGAGCCAUUGGAGACUCUCUGAUUCUGCUGAACGUGCUCCUCUUAUUUGCUUUUAAGGUCGAAAUGGGGAAAAAAAUCUGUUCCACAAUAACCCACACACUCCCAUUUUAAUCAUUGGCUUCUCAGCUGCCUAUUUCGGUUGCGACUUUUGACAUCCCUUUGCUUUCAUUACUGCACACCUGAGGAAGCCACAUCCAGUCCUUGUUUCAAUGCAGGGGCUUCACCAGUGCCCAGACAGCUUCCCCCUGUGUGCUGCCAAAUAUUGCUGCUUGUCAGGAUGGGGAGUGUGAUUGUGAUGAAGAGGAAGGGUGCAUUAGGGAGUGUUCAUCCCUGUGUACCUUCCCUCCAUGGAAAUCACUGUUUGGAAGGAUGGGGGGGAAACAAAACUCUGAUGGGAGGAAGGCGUGUGGGGAGAGUCACCUCUGUACAUCUCCUCUCCAUGUAAAUCUCCCUUGUGUGUGCAUGUGUGGAUGGCCUAGCUCACUUCAGGCCCCUGGUAUGCAGCCUCUUGCCACCAAAUGUGGUGCUGAGAUGGCGGCGAAAAGAUUACCCAUCCCUACAUUGGUGCAUCAUAAUUCGAAUGUUAAUUGAGGAUCCCAUUGUAAACAAUGCAAUAUCAAUAGCUGAGGGCGGAAGGAGCCCAUUCAGAGUGUGGGGCAGUGCUUCGUGAAUAGGGGAAUACUUUCGACCUCUUCAAACAAAACCUGAUAAUCGCCAAACGUGCUACUUUCUGAAGGUGCCGGGAUGUUUGUGAAGACUGCCAGUCCUUUCAGAGCUUCUUUACAUAGGCUUGAAAAGAAUCUUUUUUUAUGUGUGCCUUGGAAGUGAUGGAAUUUAAUAUACUUCAGGCCGUGAGCGAAUUAGCCCUGCGGUUCAAAUCCCAAGCACCCCUGUCCUGAGCAAGCUGAACUUAAUGGCUUAUGACUUGCAUACAUCAUUGAGGAUCAUUGUGACAGCAUAGGUGCAACUUGUCCUGUCAGUAGCAUGUUUCUUUAAGGGACCAGCUCUUUUCCUACCCCAGGUGGGUAGACCAUUCUCCUAGGCCUUAUCCUUGAUCUUGGCUCCUAUUUUAAUUUCCCCUUGUUGCUCUGCUUCCCAUUCCAGCAUUCGUGCUGACUUAUAAAAAAACCAAACAUGUUUACAAUAACCCUCCCGUUUUCCUACUUACUCCUUUCCUCCUAAUUUCCUCCUUCCCUACUCAUCUCACUGAAUUAGUGGAUAAUUAACUCCUUACCCAGUAUGGAAUUUGUGUCUCUCUCCCCUGCUCUGAUCCUCACAGACCCCAGUUGUCUCCCUACUGCAGACUCGGGCCCUUUCUUAGCCACUUGCUAGCUCCUUCUGACCAUCAUCUCCAUCCUUCCAUCUCCUGUAACUUCCUUGUUUUUCGACCUGCAUGGUAGGAACUGCAGGCGCUGCUUUCUUGUUUUCUAGAGUUUAGAAGUUCUACCAAUGCUCCAGAGACUCUAACAUCAUGUGGUACAGUCCUAGUACACCAGAGAGAAAAGAUCUAGCCAAGUCCUGUCCCUGAUGGUGCUAGUUUUUUUUAUGGCAUCUUGCUACUCGGGUGCCAGCCCAGGGACCAGUUCAUAUGCCUCCCAGGUGAGUAGCAAGGUUGUGUUGUGCCGUACUUGAAGCGCAUUGCUGCUCUGGCUAGUCUGCUAAAAAGAGUUUAUUCUGAAUGUUUAUAUUUAAUGCAAGGUGACUUGGAUCUUUAUGGCAUCUUGGUUUGUAUGAAUGAUAAAAAAUAGUUGCACAAAAUAGACAUUCCAUGGACUCCUGUUGCUAAGCUUGCAGAAAUACGCGGACACACACAGGAAUUACCUGAGAUCGGAAUGUUUUUGUUUUGCCUUGCAAUUGAAAUGAAAUGCAAGCUUUUAAUGAUCCCAAAUGGACUAAACGAUAAGCGUACCUUGUCAGUGUUGCUUGCACUUACCAGAAAGUGAACAGUUUCAGCUUUGACGAGAGCAUGUUCAGUAUUACAUAGCAGUGGCGUAGCGUGGGGGGUGCAGGGGGUGCCGGCCGCACCGGGCGCAACAUCUAGGGGGGAGCGCUCGCACUCGCAGCUCUCUGCCCCUACCUGGCUCACUCACUCUCUCUCACUGCAGUGCUGGCUGUGCGAAUCCGAUCCGAGCUGCUGGGUCGCCGCCCACUGUGGAGGGGGUGGGUGCCAGGCGUGCGGUGCGGAGAGAGAGCGAGGGACUAUCUGGGGGAGGGACAGUGCAGCGGCCGCCCAGUGCAGCGCUGAGCGCGGGAGAGAACCACACCAGACCAGACCAGGCAGCAGCAAGAAGAAGCUGGCAGCGGCGGCAGGUUAGGGGUUAGGGGGCGCAAAUUACUUGCCUUGCCCCGGGUGCUGACAACCCACGCUACGCCGCUGUUACAUAGCAAGGCACAUUCUCUGUGUGGCAGAGACAUUAAAGGAUUUCUUACUGUGGCCUGUCUUUUUCCAUUAUGCUUGAUUAAAUCCUUUUUAGGCUGCAUAGUACUGCAAAUGCCUUUAGCCUGUAAUGAUUCGUACGGCUAAAUUAAUCUGUUGGCAAAAUGCUGCUGUUCUAAGCUUAUUUGCUAUAUCGGACCACCCAAAUAUGACAUCUGACAUAAUCAAUUGGAAAGUCCCAGGUAAGGUAUGCUUAGCUCAAAUGAUUAAAUGUACAAUUACACUAAAAGUAGAAUUAAAUGACAUUAAGCUCACUGCAGCAGCAUCGACAGAAAUGACUUAUUCCAAUCUAACUAAUCUUGAUUUUUAUAGCUUGCUGCAACAGACAUUGUGCACGCAAGUAAAAUCUCCCUGGUAAACCUGUUUGCGUACAUAUUUUAUACUGUAGCAAAUGCCUUUUAAGCCAAAGCUUCUGCCUUUAUUUUCUCUUGGGAGUGGAACACCCUGGAUAAGAUGUGUGUUUUGCACAAUCUCUCCAAUAAAAACAGGAAAUGCAUAUCUCCCUGUAACUAUAUUAUAGUUGCAUAAGCUUGGAGCCUAAUGUUUUGCUAACUUGUUGAGUUAUACUCACCCAACUUCCAUGAGGGCUGCUCCCCUUCCAUGAACAGUAACUCCUUCCUUUCACAAAGUUAAGAUCCAAUCCAUAACCCUAAUUUUCAUCAGAUUCUUGGGGUUUUUAUGUGGCAUAUGCAUAUCAGGGUUUGGCAAAAGGUGGAUGUGGUCCCCCUCUGACCACUGACCAAUUCAUAGUGAACUGUUUAAUUCUGGAUUAUUAUUAUUACUGCAAAGAAUACUGGACUGGGUAUAAAUUUAAGGCUGAUCCGUUAAGGUUCUGAGUGUUCACUCUCGUCUGCAAAUUUCAAAAACCUGCAGUGAACCAUGGGGAUUCUAGUAUUGUCGGGUUUUUUAAACUAGACCCAGCAAAGUUAGCUGCAGCAAUAAUUUUAAGUCUUUUCUCUUUCUUUCUUUUCAAUUAAGGACAAACCUAUAAGGGUCACUGCUUGCUUUGAUUCACAUCAACUCCAUUUGGUGCUGGCCUGUUUCUUGCUUAUUUGAUACCAACUCUGAUUAAGAUGCGUUGUCCUUGAGAUUUGCCAUGUGUUCAAAACGAACAUUGUAAUUAGUUUUGAUCUUUCUCUCUUUGCCAUCCCAGCGUUGCCAAAUGUUAUUGGCCAGGAUCCAAAGAGGUACUUUAGGUGCAUCCAAGGCCUUGAGCAUAUCCGUUUGGAACAUUUGACUUGAACACCACACACCCAUAUCAGAAACUGCUUUUGAAAAGUCUCCUUAGUUUUAAAAAAAAUGAGUUUGCCAUGUUUCACAAAAGUCUGCUGCUUGAGAAAUAGAAGCCAUUAGCCCUUACCUUUCCCUGAAAGAGUAGAACAAGGCAGGUUUGUUUUUUGGGGGAGAAUCUGGCCAUAAUAAAGAAACCACGAAAUUUUAAUUGCAGGUUUACACUGUGUUGCCUGUUUAUACCCUGGUGGACAUUGAUACUAAAUUUCAAGGAAACGGCCCAUUUUAACGCAUGGUUACAUGCAGAAUUUAGGGGACUAGACUUGCUUGGCCUCCCCUUCUCCCCCUUUUUGGCCGCUCUAGAAUACGUCGUUGUCUGUUGUUUACAUUUGUUCAAGUUUAAUACUGGUGCAAAAUGCUGGAAGGAAACUUAGAUAGAAUUGAAACCACAAUAUAUCACGUAUUUGAAUUGGGCCACCAGCAUUGUUCAUUAGAAGAAUGCUAAAAAGGGGAUCAGAAUCCUUUUUGUAAGAGUGCUAAAUAUACAAUCUAUUAUUAUAAUUGUCUAAACGUUUUAGUGUCAACUUACGAAAAGAAGAUAAAGAACAGCAGGCUAACUGAAGAUCUUCUUUACACUUAGAAAACUUUGAAUGUGUCGCAUUAAAUUAAGGAUAGGGGAACCUGUGGCCAUUCAGAAUUUAUUUAUUGGAUCAUAUUACUCCCAUUAUCCCUGGCUGUUGGCCAUGCUGUUGGCCAAGUAAUUACAUGCAAGUAAUUACAAUUAGAAGCAAAACCCUCUUUUAAAAAAGAAAAAUUGCCUUAGGUGUGUGUUUUGGGCUGUGGGUGGUAUUUGCUUACUUGGAGGUAAAGUUGAACUCAGUAGGGCUUACUUCUGAGGAGACACUUCUAGGGUUGUGCCGUCGCUGUCUGAUAUGAGUUUAACAGGAUCUUAAUGAGUUGGUUUCUCUUUGAGAGCGCAACACACAGCCAUUGACCAUGUGCUUUGACAAAUUCAAUAGGUCAUACUGCCUGAUCGUUACUUAGAGCAAGGACAGAGUGCAUUAAAACUAUCAAUAAUUUUCCUCUCUAUAGAACAUAAUAGUAAAUUGAUCAGUCACUUACUGGAGUGUCCUCUGGAAAAGGUGACAUUAUACUGAUAAUCAUUGCGAUGUUUUUUCUGUACACACUAAUACAGUGUUCAGGAUAAACACAGUGAGCUGUGGAUUGGUAGACACCACUGCAAACUAAUCUAGCUUAAAUCGUUGCAUCAAGCACCAUUUAGUGGCUGUGGAAGAAGUUUCUGAAAUCUGGUUAUAUAUAACUGGUUUAGUUUUAGGUUUGUAAUUUUUUUUUUAAAAAAAGAGGAAUACUACCUUUUGUGUAAGAAUCAUUCCCCAUUCAAGGUCACUAAUAUGCAAUUAUAUAGAUUGGUUAUGUAGUACAUAAUAAAUGCAGGUGGUGCUGUGGUCUAAACCACAGAGCCUAGGGCUUGCUGAUCAGAAGGUCGGCGGUUCGAAUCCCCACGACGGGGUGAGCUCCUGUUGCUCGGUCCCUGCUCCUGCCAACCUAGCAGUUUGAAGGCACGUCGAAGUGCAAGAAGGUAAAUAGGUACUGCUCCGGCGCGAAGGUAAACGGCGUUUCCAUGCGCUGCUCUGGUUUACCAGAAGCGACUUAGUCAUGCUGGCCACAUGACCCGGAAGCUGUCUGCGGACAAACGCAGGCUCCCUCGGCCUAUAGAGCGAGAUGAGUGCAUAACCCCAGAGUCAUCCUUGACUGGACCUAACGGUCAGGGGUAGCUUUACCUCUACUUUUUACACACACACACACACACACACACACACACACACACACUUCAUCAGAAGCCUCACAGGUUUGUGCUUAGGGGCAUAUUUUUCAUGAUUAAUGCGUUGGAUACAGACUAUGGCUGCACACACAAGUUUGUGGGGACAAUGUAUGAAGUGGCUCUCGACUGAUGGCUUUAUAUGCAUUUUCCUAAACCAGGCAUAGGCCCUGCAAUUCCCACCAUCCCUAGCUAACAGGACCAGUGGUCAGGGAUGAUGGGAAUUGUUGUCCCAAACAUCUGGAGGGCUGGAGUUUGCCUACGCCUGCCCUAAACUCAUCUUCAUUGGCAGCAACUCACAUUUCAUUCAUAUAAACCAGGCUUCCUCAACCUUGUCCCUCCAGAUGUUUUUGGCCUACAACUCCCAUGAUCCCUAGCUAGCAGGACCAGUGGUCAGGGAUGAUGGGAAUUGUAGUCUCAAAACAUCUGGAGGGCCGAGGUUGAGGAAACCUGAUAUAAGCCUUCCCAGGGGAGUGUGUGUGUGUGGAUGAUUUUGUAAUCCUUUCUCCUUUAAUUCUAAUAAACUUCUAGCAAAAUUGCAAGAUGCUUCUUAUAAUCUGGCAUAGGGUAGCUCUUCCGCCUCUGCAGAGGCCCUUGGAAUCUGACAUCUUGUUUAAAAAAAGAAAGAACGAAAGCCCUCUGUAAUAGGGAUUUUUUUUUAAAAAAAAAACAACAACACAAAAACAUCUGCUAGCCGAAAUCCGUCCCUGUUCUCAGCACUGAACAAGAUGCUCUUUUUGUAAGGUUAGCUCCCGUGCCCAGAGGGGAAGAGACCCAGGGCCCCCGCAGCACAGCAUCAUUUCUCCCCUUGUAAGUGAUUUGUAGUUUAAGCUCGCUGAUCCCGCGUCACAUGACUGGGACGGUAGGCAGCAGAUUCGUGCUGAUUUGACAUCAUGCUUUUCAAAUUCAGUGGAAAUUAAAAAGGAGGUGGGGGCAGAGCAGGGAGGGGAGGCUUCUCCUGACUCUUCCUGGUACUACUAAUUCCUAGCUCCAGCUCGCCUGUUAUUAAAGGAGCUAGGCAGCAGCCACGGAAAACAGCAGCGCUGUUAUGUAGCUCAGGACGCUCAAUGAGGUCGAGUUGGAUGAUAAACAAACCCGCAGUAGAAACAUCCUCUGUAAGUUUUGAAGCUCCGUUAAUAAGUCCGUUCUGUCUUCUCCUCUCCCCUUUGCAAGUUUAACUCUGGGCAGAAUGUUAGUUUACACCCAAGUAUAAAAUUGCAGCGUUAGGUUGUGCGCAGUGCUCACUUUUAAAUCCCGUUGAAAUUGAAGCCACUCGUUCAAGUUAUCAAGUACGGUAAAAUAACCGUACGAAAGAAUAUUGUUUCCUUGGUUUUUAGUGCCUUGGCAGGGAGGAGGAAACAGUUGCUGUUUUACUCUUUCAGAGCUACUGCAAUCUACAAAGCUUAAAUGGAUAUAGCUAAUGUAGUUAAUGCAGUGCUGUCUUUGAAGGCAGCGUUACAGCUACUCUUCUAAUGGAAUUAUAUUGCCAGAUAAAGCUGUAUAUGUUGCUUGGAGAGCAAGGAUAUUUUAAUGCAUUGUUUUGGAAGGUAUUGAGGGGUCUGAGCGAAUUUUUCCUCUGUAACUUGCUUAUAUAAUGAUGCCUAAUGUAGAUCAGAGAACCCUCUGUGUUUUUGACUACUAGAAAGUUACUGAACUUCAGUAAGUAGCUUUUGGGAGGUAAAAAGAAAUGGAUUCAGUUUUGUGUGAAGUCACAAAGAUUCAGUAAAACAUGUUAUUUUCUUCUGGACCUUAAAUUCUCUGACCUGUUCCUUUUCUUUCAGUUCUCUCAUUAUACCAAGAGAGCAACUCCCUUAUCACACUGCUUCUUAUAACUGCUAAAAAUUAUUUAUUGGUUCAUUUCGUAGUUACUGCUAUGGAACUAUUGCUGAGCUUUUAUGAAAUGAAAUAUAAAUGAGGCAAGAUUUCCCAUGGUGUCUAGUUUAUACCAAAGCAGUAAUAUAGCCUCAAGAAAUACCUGGCCUAACCCAAAUGAUUCAUUUCCCGAAACUCCUUGCGUUGUGGCCAACUAAGUUCUGUUAUGGUUGCCAUAUGUCCGGAAUUUCAUGGACAUAGCUGGGAUUUGGUUGCUGGAAACAGUGUCUGGGAGGAAAUCGCUGAAGUGUCUGGGAAAAUCCAGACGUAUGGCAACCCAUGACAGAAGUGCAGAUUUGGGUGAAUUUCAUUAAAAAUAGCUCAAAAACGUCAUUUUUGAAAAAGUUUUUUUGGGGAGGGGGAGCUCAACAACUUUGGCCUAAAUAAAUAAAAUAAACAUAAAAUAAAAUAAAAAGCUCAACAACUUAAAAAGCUCAUCAACUUUUGUGUCUGGAUUUCCCCUUUUUGAAAUAUGGUAACCCUAGUUCUGCUCCAGGUUUUCCCAUUGCAAUUAAUGGACCAUAUCUCUUAUUUUCAGUAAGAGUAUACUUUUGAGUAGAACGAACUGUGCAUGCAACCUCCUGAAAACAAGAAAUACCUUUAUCUUAGUAAAUUUGGAAUCCUGUUACUUUUAGUUAAAAGGCUUCGGAUUAUUGCAUUUUUGACGAGGAAUCCUUUAGUUGCUCCUCCUCCUCCUCCUCCUCCUCCUCCUCCUCCUCCUCCUCUUCUUGAAUAAGUACAGGAGUUGGUAUUUGAAACACUCAUCAAUAUGUCUGAAAAAUGAACACAUUGUGCAAUGUUGCCAUAACCUUUAACACCAGAAGUUAGAGCAUCCUGAACAUCACAGCCUUGCUUUGACAGAUGCAUAGUCUUAAAAUAGUGAAUGAACCAUUUGUUUUUGUCUAUUUCAACCAAUCUUGAAAUAUUUAGCUAGCUGAUUCUUUAUUUGACCCCUAGCCCUUCAAAUGAUUAUAUCCUCUGAUAUACUAGGUGAUAGUAGAACAUUUGUCCUGCUGUGUAGCAUCCAAAAUUUUCAGUGAGUAAGAUGUCAAUAUCUUUUUAAAAAAAUGAAAGUGGUGCCUUCAUAGUAUAUGCUCAGAUUCUUUCUGCAAACUCCUUAUGGCUUGUCCAACUCCUCAGCACGGUGGAUUUGGUAAUUGUUCAUAACUUACUGAAGAUUAUGCUAGUCAGUUAGCAACGUUGAGUGAGUAUUUGGAAAUAAUCUGGUGUUCUAAGAGAUCCCUGUAAUUAAGCUCAUAUGAAUUCACUCCAUAUUGUUCUUUGUUGUGUCCAGCUGGUGAUACUGAUUAUAUAUUUUUCCUCUCUCCUUUCCACCCUGAAACCAGUGUUCCACUCGUGACUUGAUCCUAGUUGAAGAUGAGGUGACAGAUACUGAAGAUAAUGAAGAAGAAGAUAUAGGAGUCCUGGAAGAUCAGCGCAGUGUAAUUCUUCACCUCAUCUCACAACUCAAACUUGGAAUGGACCUAACUAGGGUAUGCAUCUCCUCUUCCUCUUCCUCCAAUCAAUAAAGCCUUCUUUAAGAGUCACAUGCUAUUAAACAGGCAGUCUCAUUGGACUUUGCCGCAAACCUCUCCGCAAAAUCUGCUGUGGCAACAUUUGUUCCAAGUGUUGCCUCCCUUAAUGAGUGUAAGGAAUUUGAUCUGCUUUACAAAAAGCGGACAGCGUGCUGCCUUUUUGUGGGAGGUUUUGCAGUUCAAUCUGACUCAUACUAUGCACUUUGACACCGUUUCUUACGACUGAAAAUACUGAAGCUCCCAGCUUCUUCAUGGGCAAAAUCAGGAGGAGAAGUAAAAGCAGGGGUGAGGCUAACCCUUUUUUGCGGCGGGGGCAAGGGUUUCACUGAUCUAUCAGCAGCCCUCUAGGAGCCGUAUUUAAAGUGAGUAGAUGGCUGAAGUAGAUGGGGUCAGUUUUAAAUUUUGUUAAGAGACACAUUUUGAAGGUCAGGGGGCAGCACUGAAUUGUUUCAGGAACCCAUCCCACAGGAGAAAAUAUAUAUAUAUAUAUAUAUAUAUAUAUAUAUAUAUAUAUGGUUUUUUAAACAUACCAUUUUCAACAGUAAUUAAACAUAUUUUUACAUCGUAUUCAAAUUUUUUUUUAUUUCCAUCAGUCCUGUCUGAAAAUUUUUCAAUCUAAUCUCUUAGUACAGUGGUGCCUCGCAAGACGAAAUUAAUCUGUUCCGCGAGAGUCUUCGUCUAGCGGUUUUUUCGUCUUGCGAAGCAACCCUAUUAGCGGCUUAACGGAUUAGCGCUAUUAGCGGUUUAGCGGCUAUUAAAGGCUUAAAGGCUUAGCGGAUUAGCUGCUAAAAGGCUAUUAAAGGCUAUUAAAGGCUUAGCGGAUUAGAUAAAGGGGGGGGAAGCGAAAAAAAAAUCUCAAGACUCGCAAGACAUUUUCGUCUUGCGAAGCAAGCCCAUAGGGAAAUUCGUCCUGCGAAGCAACUCAGAAACGGAAAACCCUUUCGUCUAGCGGGUUUUCCGUCUUGCGGGGCACCACUGUAUACAUUUCUUAUUUUCCCUGUCACAUUUAAAACUUAUAACCAAUAUCUCUAUUCUUUGUCUACUUUGUAGCACUUCAUAUAUUCCUCCUUACAAAACUUCUUGUAGUCCUACUAGUGUAAUUUGUUGGUUACAAUUGCUUUUCAAAUAGUUCACCUACUUCUUCCAAUCUUCUGUAAAUCUCUGGUCCCGCAAUUUUCAAAUCCUUCCUAUCAUUUUGUCCAAUUCUGCAUAGUCCAUUAUUUCCAUCUGCCAUUCUUCUUUCAUCGGAAUUUCUUCUUGUUUCCAUUUCUGGGCUAACAACCACAGGAGAAUUUUUAUUAUUUUUUUAAAUGCACACAUUUGAGGGACCUUGGAAAGUCACAAAACUUACAGUAUCAUGGCAGGGAGCAGUCAGUCAGUGUUUCUUUUUAAAUUGAAUUUUAAAUAACUGGGAUGCAAAAAUUUUUUGGUACCAUGGCAUAACAGUGAGGGGUGACUGGGAUAGGAGCAGCCAGUUGUCGUUGUUGUUUUUAACGACAAGCCUAAAGGGACCUCACAUGUUAACCACACCUGAAGUAUGCAGAUGAUACCUAACUCUAUUACAUCUGGAACCAUGUGUGGCCAUGCAGGUAUUGGUGUUUGGUCGUGGUGGUAGUCUGGCAGAGAGCCAUUACGUUGAUUCCUUGUAAGAUGGGAGUUGGCAGGUGGUUCUGCGAAUGGGGGCCUGUUUGUUUGUUUGUCUGUUCCAGAUAGGCCGCACUCCUUCUGAAGAACAGGCGCAUAAUCUUGGGGGGGGGGCAGCGAUGUUUCUGAAAGCCAAGUUGCUGAAAUGGCUGUGAGCAUCUUCUGGCAGCUUGGGAUGGUGUGCUGGCUUCUGUGGUUCGUGGACAGGGAUCACUUGGUCAUCAAACCUGAAUUACUGCAAAGUGAAGACCUUCUCCUUCCCCAUGAGUAGUCUGUAAAGACCAGAACAGUCUUUCAUGUUUGUGUUGGGGACCCCAUUGUAGUAUAUUUACAGUAUAGCAGCAGCAGGUCAGAGGGGGAAGAAGACCCAUGCCUUGGAGGCGGAAGCAAGUGAGGCACCGGUGACCAAUCUUAAUUACUGACUACCAUAUCCAACCAAAAUCUGUUGACCAUGCAAGGCUAAAUUAUUUAAUUUGAAUCAUUCUUUUUAUAACAUGUUAGAAAACAAAAUUGCCUCUAAUAGUUGUCAAACACAGUACACCGGUGACAUGGCUAAUAUACAAGUGUCCACACUUUUGAGGAAAUGUUCCACAUCCCUAUAUGUAAAUAAUGAAGAGUAUUUAGCCUGUGAAAUAUAGCAGGAGUACUGCAAAAAGCUCUCAUUAUAUUGGGUUGUCGUCUUGAGUGUAUGUCGUUUUUCUGAACAUGGGAAGGUCAAAAAACCACUGACUUUGAUUGGUGUCGUAACCUAAUACACUGAGAGAGUACUUUCCUGAAUAAUGCAUGAAAAGAAAAUGGUUUCUCAGUUUGACCUCGUAGACCAAAUGAAAGUAUAAAGGGCAGCUGAAGCAGAGGCAUUAGUGAAAUAUGUGUUUUCCCUGUGAAUUAAAUGUAUUGGCAAUCAUGGGACAGAAUAUUAUUAAAUAUUCAUUUGCAUGUUUGAGGACAUUGUGGAGAACUUUUCAGUCAGAAUGGUUAUCUAAGGAUGAUGCCAGAAUGAAUAAAUAUGGCUAAGUGAAAUUGUUUUAGAAUUCUCUUCCUUGGUAACAAUGGAAGGAUCUGUGUUGUAUUUUAGAAAAAUAUUUAUUGGGUUUCAGCAUUUUGGGUACAUAGCCGAAAUAAAAAGAGAAGAGACAAUAUUGGACAGAUAAUGGGGUUAGAGAGGGAAACCUCCAGCAUCUAUAUUCUCAUCUGUUCAAAAGCACUGAAACUAAAUUUCACUUUCUUUACACAUCAGUAAUCAGGUCCAUUUGGGUUCAUUCUGCACCCUAAUUGAUCUUUGGAGAUUAUUAUUUUUUUGGGACCCUAAUCAUUUAGUAAAUAUAGCAGAGUUCAGAGCGUUAAAGCUCAUCGUGUGAUAUCUGUGUUGAUUUUAGUCACUGCGCUGUUGAAUUCUAGGCUUUGCACAGUUUUGUCUAAGCAUAUCCACUUCGUAUCAAAUUGUGCAAUGACUGCUGUAAUCUUGGCCAAGGGAAGGAAGUCUGCAGUUUUGAAAUGCAGCCUUCCAUCUCCCAGUGGCAGUGGGGGACUGGAAGCGAGGUGUACUUCGCGUCUUCCCAUCAGCAGUGGCGACAACUGCGAUGAGACAGGAAGCAUGGGAAGCCUUGUCUAGGUCACCCAUCUGCUCAUUUGCUUUGUCUUCUCUCUCGCGUGGGGCUUUCCACUUGAAUGUGUCUCCUAGUUCUUUAACAAUCCAAAACAAAAAUUAAACACAAUGCAAAAAUGCUGCCAGGUUGGUGGUGGUACAAUUCUCAGUUGCAGGUGAGUUAUGGAAAGGUAUCUACCGUUAGCUAGUCAACGAGGAGGGGUUUUUAUUGGGACGGGUAAAAGGAGUCCAUUCUCCUUUGGUUGCUAGGUGUGCCCUGCAUCUGUUUACCAAACAAGUUCCUUGUUUAUCAAGAUCCUUGAGCUCUUAUGAUUAAGGGCAGUACAGUGGUACCUCGGGUUACAGAUGCUUCAGGUUACAGACUCCGCUAACCCAGAAAUAGUACCUUGGGUUAAGAACUUUGCUUCAGGAUAAGAACAGAAAUCACACGGCGGCAGCGGGAGGCCCCAUUAGCUAAAGUGGUACCUCAGGUUAAGAAUGGACCUCCAGAAUGAAUUAAGUUCUUAACCAGAGGUACCACUGUAUAUAAAUAUAAUAAAUCAUCACCACCACCACCUUACAGUUUUGGUAGAGUCCACCUGCAUUGGGUCUGGCCCUUCUUUAUUUGCUACGCCACUUAUAUUUUGGGGAGGGAAGCUCUUAACACAUUCACCUUGCAUUCCUACCCGUGCUUACUCAAAUGUAAAUCCUAUUGUGUAUAGUGGUGUUUAGGACUGCAGUCUUGGCAUCAGAUAAUAGCCUGCUUUAUAUUCUGGGAUUUUCUAAUAGCUAAACUCAACUAUGGGAUUUGUUCCCAAGGUUGUGAUGACCACCAACUUGAAUGGUUUGAAAGGAGAUUUGGACAAGCUGAUGGAAGAUAAGGCUGUCUUCUACCUUUCGCAAGCAGCAUGCCCUUUAAUAUCAUUGGGUGACGAUCACAAGUGGGGAGGGAGCUGUUGCACCCGUGACCCGUGCUUUCUCACAAGCAACUGGUUGGCCACUGUGGGAGCAGAACCAAAUGGAACCGGGCUGCUCUUGCUAUCAUUCAUCCUUCUUUACCUUGCUUGUACAGUGGUGCCUCGGGUUAAGUACUUAAUUCGUUCCGGAGGUCCGUUCUUAACCUGAAACUGUUCUUAACCUGAAGCACCACUUUAGCUAAUGGGGCCUCCUGCUGCUGCCGCGCCACCGAAGCGUGAUUUCUGUUCUCAUCCUGAAGCAAAGUUCUUAACCCGAGGUACUAUUUCUGGGUUAGCAGAGUCUGUAACCUGAAGUGUCUAUAACCUGAAGCAUAUGUAACCCGAGGUCCCACUGUAUUAUGAAAAAGUGGUUAUAUUUUAAAGAUCAAAAGCUGUGUUUGUGCCAGGCCUUACUUUUCCCCUUAAAAGCAUCACCUCUGGGUAUCCUGAUAGUCACAGGAGCAUGCCAGGUCAAUCAUCACACAGUUCAAAGAUGGAACGAACUCUUGAUUAGCAAAAACACGACCUCUACAGGCUUGGUUGGGUGUCAGGCCUAAUGAGCAGAACAGCUCAUUCCCGAUGGUCUUCCCCCACGAAAAUCAGUUGCCGAGACUGAAAGUCCUCGCCUCCUCAACCGGACGUUUCCCAAGUAAUUGGAGACUGCGCUUUUCAUAGCAGGAGGGUGAGACACCUGUGCCUCUGACUCUUGGCCUCCCUCCUCCCACUCACUUGCUUCAGCUUCUGCCUCUGAUUUUGGACUUCUCUCUGUCACAGACUCUCGCUGCUCACUAAGCCCUGUUACCUCUUCAGCUUCUGACACUUCCUCUCCCCAGGCUUCUCCCUCUUCUCCUCUGACCGCUCGCUGUUGUCCUACCACCACUCUCCGGGCUCUGAGUCUUCUUCCCUUGGGGGUUCCCCAGCUGCUUCCUCCCACCAUUCUUCUGCGUCCAACCAGCCCGUAACACUGAUGCUGAUGUGAGAUUAAUAGCUUUUAGUUAUUACAGAAGAGGUGCCACUUUUUAAAUAAAAAACUUGCUGUUUUACUUGUAUAAACCACCUUUUAUGUAACCUAAAUGCUGGUACCUGCAGUCUCAGGAUCUUUUCCUUAUUAAACUUGAAAUUGCAACGUGGGUGCAGACUUGGCCAGAGAGCUCCUCUGCAGAAAACUUAAUGGCAUUUUGCUCCUGACGGACUUGCUCAUUAUGUAAGCUCGUAUGCUCUUCCAAAAGUAGGAUCACUUUGCAUGCACCCCCCCCCAGUAAAUAAAGAUUGUUGGUAGUGGCCCCUAGACACAUGCAAUUUUGACUCCGUUCUCUCUGUAAGUCAAUAUUAGCCCUGAGUGUUGCACAGGUGUUAAAGAGGAAUGUAGCCGAGUUUCCUUUUGAAAGGGCUUUAUUACGCUGGCAGCCUUCCCAAAUUCAAGCAUCGCUGGUGGGGUGGGGAGGGCCAGUUCUGUAUUGGAUUUGCUGAUGACUUUUCUGUCUGUCUAAAUCGGCCUGCAGCAAACUUUUUGAAGCUUCCUUGUUCCUUAGCCUUUUCAGUGCAACAAAUAUUGCAUCUAUUGUUGUUGAAAAUAAAAAUACACAGCUAUUCUUGCAGCAUGCUUACAGCUGCUAUUUCUGUCCGUUAAUAGACAGAACAGUUUGGCAAACAGUAUCAUCAGUCACACACAUGGCCGUUGGGUAGUCAGAUCAGUCCGGCAAUGCUGGGCAUUAUUCCAGAGCUGAUGCUUAUGCUCCUUUCUCUCCCCAGCUAUUACUAUUCCAUUUUCACGGGCAGCCCUGCCAAAUCCCAGGCGUCUGCUUACCAGAAAUUGAUAUUGUAGAUGUGCAGAUUCUCUCCCUCCCGCCCCGGCCACAUGCUGCUUAUUGUCUCCAUGUUGCAUCUGGCCUGGAAGCCUACAAAAUAGCAUUGUUAUACACUGUGUGUGUGUGUGUGUGUGUGUGUGUGAGAAUAGGGAAUUAUUUGGGUAGAUUUUACCUCUUAAAGGUAAAGGGACCCCUGACCGUUAGGUCCAGUCGCGGACGACUCUGGGGUUGCAGCACUCACCUUGCUUUACUGGCCGAGGGAGUCAGCGUACAGCUUCCAGGUCAUGUGGCCAGCAUGACUAAGCCGCUUCUGGCAAACCAGAGCAGCGCAUGGAAAUGCCGUUUACCUUCCCACCACAGUGGUACCUAUUUAUCUACUUGCACUUUGACGUGCUUUCAAACUGCUAGGUUAGCAGGAGCAGGGACCGAGCAACGGGAGCUCACCCCGUCGUGGGGAUUCGAACCGCCGACCUUCUGAUCAGCAAGCCCUAGGCUCUGUAGUUUAGACCACAGUGCCACCCAACACUUCUUAGGUUGUGCUAAUAUUCACUGAUCGAAUGACACAUGUUGGCUUCAAUAGUGCUUCAGUAACCUUCUAAACCUAUUUAUCCAGAGACAACAGCAGAGUGAGCAGGAAAAAUGGGUGGCACUAUGAGUAAUGACAGCACUAUAUCAGCAGGUCUCUGAAAAGGAGAUUAUUUGUAAAGACGAAUAUUUGUAUGCAUGCUUAGACCAGGUGCAGCUGUGACGCAUAACUGUGGUUUAGGUAUACAGAUCAAGCUGCUGGGUUGCAUGCUUUUUCCCUUCUGUCCCUUCUCUCUUGCACAUAAAUCCCUUCUCUUCUCCUGGCUCUUUUGUACCAUUGCUUUGGAUUAGAAAUUGCUAAUUAUAAUUAGUGCCAUUCUUAAAACUCCAGAAUCACGCUGUAAAUCCUGAAGCUUGGCUGAGGAUGGGGGUAGAGUAACUUGGUUCCCAUGUUCCUACAGACUGCUCCAUAUGUCUCAACCCUGAUUUAGUGUCUUUAUGGCUAGUGCAGAUGUAAGAAUGGCAAAUCAUGAUAACGUGUUUUGAGAAGGCAGAAGCAAACAUCUAGUUAUUUUCACCAUUGUUGGCUUUGGCCCCGUGGAGACUUAGGUUCAGAUUAAUGCUGAACCAUAAAGACGCAGAGAGAGUAACCGAGAACUCUGUGUUUCCAUCUGUGCAGUUGAAAUAUUAAUGUGGACAGGUUUGUUGUAAAGUCCGGAUCAAUCAAAUAAGGUGCCCUGCGCUGCAUAUUAAAGUGCAGUGGAAGUUGUACUACUGGCAAUGUGGACUGAAUGAAAAUCUUCUCCAUCUCUACUUUUGUAACAUCCCUAAAGGAGAAUAUUGCACGCUUCCACUAGCAGUCCCUGUAUAUGAUGAUGUGGCCACAUCACGCUUUAAAGACCCAGUUGUUUUAAACAUUGCUUUUACCUAGGACCGGUGGUGCCAUUGCUAUCUUUGGUGCUUUUUAAAGCGUUUGAUUUAAAUUUAGUGUUGUACUCUGGGCUUAAUGUUUUUUUAAUGGUUCAUUCUGGUUCCUUGGCAUAGAAUUGCUCAUCGUUACGGCGAUUUGCAUGUUGUAAGCCACCUAGAGAGGGUCUGACCUGGAAAGACAGCCUAUAAAUACUCUCAAAAAGAAAUAACGCCAAUCCUCAACUGGCAGAGACAAAAUUAAGGUGGGAUCAGAAACUUUCUGCUGGAUGAAGCCCCAUGUCAGUUUUGGAGAGGCAUUAAGAGCGCCAUCAUUACAAAACACCUGCUCUUUGACACAGCUGAAGCAUUACAUGCCAAGACUAGAGAGCGGUGGAAAAUUAAUGUGAAACAGUGUGUGCUUAUAAUCAGGUUUGUUUUUCUUACGAGUGGAAUCCUGGGCAACGCUUUUGCCUCGCUCUGAUUUGAAAUGUGUCAGAGCUACCGGUGUCCAGAUACAGAUUUCUUUGUGCCACCCACAUCCAGCCUGCCAGCUGCCAAAGUUGGCACGUCGCUAGUAGAACUCAAUUAACUUGAACCAAACUGAUGUACCACUUUCUGUAAACAAGGAACUCUGUCAGGGAACAAUUGGCUCACUUAUUAGCUAAGCAGAGCAAGACAACGAAAGUGUCCAGGCAGUUUGAAUAGCGUGACCUUGUGAGGCCACCGAGGACUCUGGCGAAAUAGAUAGUGACUUGUAGAAUUGACCAAAGCAAUGAGUGUUGCCUUCAUUCAUUAUUUGCACUUCUCAGUCCUCAGAGUGAGCUCUCUGGCAGUGCGAGGAAAAAAGCACGUUUAUUUUGGCACAGGAAGUUUUGCAGCUGCCUUAACUGUUUAUUCCUCUCUGUUGCAGUCAUGGAAAAAAAUAUAUGAUUAUUUGCUUCUCCCCUGCACUCGAUACAGGUAGUUCUUCCAACCUUUAUUUUGGAGAAGAGGUCGCUGCUGGAGAUGUACGCAAACUUCCUGGCCCACCCCGACCUGUUCUUGACAGUUUCGUCCGGAAGCACCCCUGAGGAAAGAAUAAUUUACUUUGUGGAGUAUUACUUAACAGCCUUUCACGAAGGCCGGAAAGGAGCCGUUGCCAAGAAGCCCUACAACCCAAUUAUUGGAGAAACUUUCCAUUGUUCUUGGGAUGUGCCUAAAGACAAAGUGAAGCAGACGAGAACUAACUCUCCCUCUCCAAGCCCCAAGGGCAAGGCGCCGCCGCCACCACCACCAGAAAACUACAAGCUGCGGUUUGUAGCUGAACAGGUAUCCCAUCACCCACCAGUCUCCUGCUUUUACUGCGAGUGCAAGGAGAAGAAGAUGUGCGCAAAUGUUCAUGUAUGGACCAAAAGCAAGUUCAUGGGGAUGUCUAUAGGUGUUUCUAUGGUAGGUGAAGGUAAGACAUACCACAAAGAUACAAUAUAUAUUACAGCAGGCUUGCUUAUCGCACAGGAUUUUAGGAAGCAUUGAAGAGAAGUCCCUCACCCCUCAAAACAAACAAACAAACAAACAAACCCUGAAAUCUACCACCCUCCAUUAAGAAACAUAGGUAAAGGGACCCCUGACCAUUAGGUCCAGUCGUGGCUGACUCUGGGGUUGCGGCACUUAUCUCGCUUUAUUGGCCGAGGGAGACGGCGUACAGCUUCCGGGUCAUGUGGCCAGCAUGACUAAGCCACUUCUGGCGAACCAGAGCAGCGCACAGAAAUGCCGUUUACCUUCCCGCCAGAGCAGUACCUAUUUAUCUACUUGCACUUUGACGUGCUUUCAAACUGCUAGGUUGGCAGGAGCAGGGACCGAUCAACGGAAGCUCACCCCGUCACGGGGAUUCGAACCGCCGACCUUCUGAUCAGCAAGUCCUAGGCUCUGUGCUUUAACCCACAGCCCCACCUGCGCCCCCUUUAAGAAUACUUCUGAGUAAUAGUAGCAAAGCACUUUAUGUACUUUUCAGCCUCUGGACACUAAAAUAAAACUAGUGGAAAUGUCCCUUAUAUAAGCUUUUCACGAGUCCCAACAAUUUAGCAUGUGGUCACAGAAUCAUAGAAUUGUAUAGCUGAAAGGGACCACGAGGGUCAUCUAGUCCAACCCCUGCAAUUCAGGAAUCUUUUGCCCCAUGUGGGGCUCAAACCCACAACCUUGAGAUUAAGAGUCUCAUGCUCCAGCAACAGAGCUAUGUCUCUGGAUCUUCAUAUUCCUCCCCAACUGACUUACUGUAUUGGCCCGAAUAUAAGCCGCACUCUCCCCCCCCCCCCAAUUCCAACCGUGAAAAGUUAAAGUGUGGCUUAAAUUCGCCACCUUACAAAAAUGGGCUUUUACGAUAGCGCUGCUGAAACAGACAUGCGGUAAAACGGAACAAAAAAUGUUUUAUUGCCAAUUUGCGAGCUUGAGACUGUUGUGCAAUUAAUUCUAAUGCCAUUCAUUGCUUUCCCCGUAUUUUACAGUGCGGUAUUGAUUUUUUGUUUGCAUUUAUGGUGCUACGAACAGGUGUUUAACUCACUUACAGGUCCUCUAUAGUACCUGUACUAUUUUCUUCUACAUUUUCCGUUUACAUGUAUGAGUUCCUGCAGAAUUGUAGCAAUUGAAUAGCAAUUUGCGAUUUUAGCGGAUGUACGGUAACUUUUGCCGGCUUGCCAGAUCAAAGGCUUAAAUUGUCUUGGAGUUACAAUUCUACCAACCGCAGCAAUUUUCAGCCUGUAACCUAAUUUUAAGGGAGCGGCUUAUAUUCGGGUAUUGUCCUUUUUCCUCCCUGCCACUCUUGAAUUUUAAAGGUGCAGCUUAUUUGCUAUUGCGGCUUAUAUUCGGGCCAAUACGGUACGUACCCUAGGCUUUGCAACACACCUUGGCUGUGAUAAAAUGCCACAUUCCUGGCUUUGAUUUUUCAUAUAUUUCUUUCAAAUACAUAUUAAACAUAUUACAAUAUUAGUAAAUAUGGCAUACUCUGACUUACCCGUUAAAAGCACAUAGCGCAAAUAUGCUAAUGGAACGAUAACACAAGUUGUAAAUCACUGCUUCUCAUUUUUGGUUCCUGGCAGACAUAAUAGCCUAGGAAUACGUCCCGAGCUUUGGGUCGUAACAUGGUUUUGAACUUUGGUUCCUGCUCACUGUGUAUUACUUCUUACAGUACAGUUGUCUUUGCUCAGUCUCGUCUUAAGAAUUGUGGGCCUUUUCUCGCCUCUCCUAUCUGAUGCCAUUCAGAUGUUAAAGGGACCCCUGACCAUUAGGUCCAGUCGUGACCGACUCUGGGGUUGCGGCGCUCAUCUCGCUUUAUUGGCCGAGGGAGCCUGCGUACAGCUUCCGGGUUGUGUGGCCAGCAUGACUAAGCCGCUUCUGGCAAAACAGAGCAGCGCACAGAAACGCCGUUUACCUUUCUGCUGGAGCGGUACCUAUUCAUCUACUUGCACUUUGAUGUGCUUUUGAACUGCUAGGUUGGCAGGAGCAGGGACCAAGCAACGGGAGCUCACCCUGUUGCAGGUAUUCGAACCACUGACCUUCUGAUCGGCAAGUCCUAGGCUCUGUGGUUUAACCAACAGCGCCACCCGCGUCCCAAUUCAGAUGUUGCUGAACCACAGUUACCGUAAUUCCUGACCCUUAAUGGUGUUGGCUGGGGUUGAUGGGAGCUGGAGUUCAACAAUAUUUGGAGAGAAAUACACUGGAGAAGACUGAUAUAAAGAAUGUUGGAAUAAUGGGUUGAUCUGCAACUGCUUCUAGGUCAAGACUACUUCGUGGUCUGCCAAAAAGGAACAAACACACACAAAACAUGCUGAUUGGAAGUUAGUAUACGAGAGAUUCUUUAUGGCAAGCCUCCCCAAGUUGAGAAAUUAAUUUCACGCUGGGAAGUAUGAAUUUUCUCAUCUCUUCUUUCCUUGGGAACGUGUGAAAGAAGCCUUCAUUUUGAAUUCAGAGGGAAAGCCCUCAUGUGUCCAAUCCUUAUAUGCUAGGAUAGCAGUGUAUACAAUUAGACUGUCAGAAUCUUAAGCUCAUUGGAAACAAGCAGUUUGGAAUAAAUUAUUAGUGUCUUCCCAGGUGGUAUCAGUCUCUCUGCUUGCUUAUAGGUGGGGAGUGAUCAUGCUUCUAUUCUGCACAACUUUUAACGGUUUUUAAUAUGUGAAAGUUUGAUUCCGUUCCUCCUGGUUGUAAGAAGCUUCCUGCUUUGUUCUUAAUCUGGGUUUGCUGAAUUUUGGUUUUAAUGUUUGCAUGCAGCUUUUUUUUUUUUUUUGGUGGGGAUUGAAGUCCCUGUUAGGAUUGAAGGGAAAUACUCAUGUGAUGAUGGCGUUCCAUCAUAUGACUAUGUGCGUCAUUCACUGUGCUGCUCACAGUUAUUUUCGUUCUGCAAAUCAGUGUAGCUGCUGGUUGUCGUAAGUGACUGAAGUUGUGGCCUAAGCGAGUACCAUGUGAUUGAAAAAUAAGAGAUGUGCGUGAGGACCCUUCUCUUGUAGGAAACCACUUAAGACUGCUGACGUCUUCCACAACCAUUCAUUGCAUGAAUCUUAAUAGAAUCAAAAGAGAAUGUUGAUUCUGACUCCUUAUGACUUUGUUACCAACUCUUUAAUUGGUUUCCCAAACUUAGGUCUCCAGCGGUUUUGGGGACUACAGUUCCCAUCAUCCCUCACCACUGGUCCUGCUAGCUAGGGAUGAUGGGAGUUGUAGUCUAAAAACAACUGCAGACCCAUGGUUUUUGACCUACAGCAUCACCUUGUGUAUUUUAUCGAUGUGACCUGCAGAAAACAUGUUGCUCAAAAGUAUGGGGUCAAAGGGGGGCGGAAAUAAUACGUUUAGCAGUAUAUAUAAUGGAUGCUUGUAGAGAGCUUUCCUUGUCUCACAUAAGCAAUGACAAUAACUUGGACCUGCUUCAGAUUUUCUGCUAGGGAAUUUGGAAGAAUUUGUUCACAUUAAAUGCCCAAAUCAAGGAUCCUGGGACUAUAUCCCAGAAUACAUGUCCAGCUCAAAUCUGUGUUUUUAUUUUUCUGUGUGUGCUGAAUGUAUUUAUCAAUUCAUACUGUUAGUUCUAGUUAAUGGUAACUGAUGGUGGAUACAGUAUGAGGGUCUCUUGGUUUGACUACUCAAGACUUGAGUCUUGCUUGCAGGUUUCUCCAGAAGGCAGGCAUCUGUUUGGACACCAUGAGGAUGAUGAGCUAGAUGGGUCUUUGGUGAGAUCCAGCAGGCUCCUAUUGGGUUUUAAAAUAUUGUUUUAGGGGAGCCUUGUUAGAUGCACUGCCAGGCUACCUGCAGUUGGUAUCACUUUGCCAUAUUAGGCACCUCAUAUUCAAGACAAAGUAGCACCUGACAUUUUGGCUGAAUCUAAGCAAAUAGGUCAUUCUCAUGGUGGGACUUCCACUGCAUGUAGGCUGCUUAUUCCAAGCUGGCAGGAAGUGGGAUAGAUACGUUAUUUUAUCAAAUUUUCAGGAGAGCGACUUUAGAAGUUAGGCACUUUUCUCUUUGGCAGGUGGAAUAUAACACACCUUUUUUUUUUUAAGCUUGCAGCUAUGUUGAGACAUAGAUUGGAUAUGUGGAGACCAGAUUGGAUUGCUUGAAUGGCUUCACCAGUCAUGUCUGGUUUUCGUUUUAAAUUUUGUAGCCUUUUAAAACCAAAUUACCCCAAGAAAAGGAGGAUUUUACAAAAGCGCAGUUGCGAAAAGCAUCUUAUUCUUGGUGGAGAUCGUUCCUAUUAUAUCAGUCUUGGUGUUUCUCCUCCCCUUCAAGGAAAAUAAAAAUAAAUAACAUUUACUAUAAACUAUGUUGCUUCUUUUCAGUACCAGGUAAACAGUGAUCAUCCUUCUGGAAAGAAUAUUGUCAAAUUUUCAGUGCUGAAAAGUAUUUCUCUCCAUCCCCACCCCCCAUUUCUGCCCCCAUCCAUAGGUAUUCUUUAUCUGCUGGAACAUGGGGAGGAAUAUGUGUUCACGCUGCCUUGUGCCUAUGCUCGCUCCAUUCUUACCGUUCCUUGGGUGGAGCUGGGAGGUAAAGUGAGCAUUCUCUGUGCUAAGAGUGGCUAUUCGGCUACAGUCACAUUCCACACCAAGCCUUUCUAUGGGGGAAAAGUACACAGGUACUGAAACUGCUCUUUCGCAUACUUUUAUUUUUCUUUUCUAAAGAUUGCUCUGUGGAAAAGAAAAAAAACACUAAGACAAGCAAUAUUAACUGCCAAACUGCUUACUGUUUAUAAUGCUGCAGUUGCUAGUGAUUUUAUACUACUUUAGAAAUGUGCUUUGCAAGCAAUGUUCUGUAUGCUUUCAUAAGAAGAACAACAACAUGUGCUCGUAUUUGAGGCUGUUCCAUUUCCUGCAGCUUUAGGGAACUGAAGGAGACUCCCAGGCACUCAGUGGCUGAAACUUCACAGGGUCUUGAAUCCAUAUCGCCAUCAGGACUGGGAGAUACCUGGUUUUCAACAUCGCGAUCUAUCACUAGCUAAACAUCGUGAUAUACCGAUAUAUCACAGUGUCUGAAAUAAGGAUGUGGAACUGUGUAGAGGUGAACAGCAGGGCCGGGUGAUACCUGUUUUUCCCAGCAUCGUGAUAUAAUCACCAAGUAUAUAUUGCAACAUAUCGCUAUAUCACAAUGUUUGAAAUAAGGGGGGAGAGGGUUGGCUGACUGCACAGUUUUUCCUGCAUCGUGAUUUUUGCAUAGCGCAUGCGCACACACAUACAUCAUAAUUUACAUUAUAUUACCAGGUUGAAAAUUGUGAGACUGGUAUCACGAUAUGGACUUCAAAUUGGUUUUGAUAUAUUGUCCAACCCUAAUCACCAUAUUUUAACUCUGGGUGCUGUGUGAAAUGUGAAGCGCCAACCACAGGGAAGUAAAUCAGAUGAAAAGAAAGGACACUGUGCAAGAACAGGAUAGUUCUUUAGUGUGCCCCCUCUCUUUUUAAAAAAAAUAUCCGGACUAAGCUAGGAGCCGCAAAAUUGGCAAUACAUUUGCAUAGAGCAAUGGUCCCUGGUAUUUUGUUUGUAAUGGAGACAUCAAGUUUAUGAGAAUGUGGUCAAUACAUAAUGAAUGUAGCAACUUGAGUGCUCUCCAGCUCAGAAAUGUCUCUGAAUUGUUCUUGUUGCGGUUUUUCUAAAAAACAAAAUGAUUAUUCUUGGCCUCCUUUUCUGAGUUUGAGUCCAGUGGAAAUAUUUGCUGUGCAUGCAAGUGAUUUCCUUUCUGGACUCACCUGUGUCUUAAUCUCCAUGUUUUAUCAUUUUGAUGUAGGGUUACAGCUGAGGUGAAGCAUAACCCCACCAACACCAUAGUGUGUAAAGCACAAGGGGAGUGGAACGGCACGCUGGAGUUUACGUACAGCAACGGAGAAACCAAAAUAAUCGACACCACCAAGCUACCCAUCAUCCGCAAGAAGAUCAGACCGAUAGCAAAACAAGGUCCAUUUGAAUCAAGGUGAGGAUCCUUUUGCAAAACCAUCAUGACUAGUUGCGCUUAAGAGAAGCAGGAAAAGAAAGGCUAUAUUGAAGCACUUGUCCCUGUUUGUACAGCAGUGUGGAAAGAGCAACAUAACUAUCUUGCUUCCCUAAGGAUGUUUCCAAGUUUUCGGUUUUUUUCCAAUGACUUGUCUGCUGAAUCAGCAUGCUGACAUUCUGCCUGCAUGGGGAUUCUUCCACCCGCUGUGCUAAUUGCUGCUGCACAAAGGCUCUUUGGAAACUGCUUUCCUGUAGAUGUUAUUUUUAUUUGUUGAAUGUUUAUCCCUCUAAUAUGGAGGGCCCAGAACAAGCAAGAAGAAAAGUCACAUAAUACAUUGAUAUCAUUGGGAGAAGGGCUGUAGUUUAGGGAAGAGCCAUCAUAACUCAUUGGCAGAGCAUCUCUCUUGUAUGCAAUGGUCCCAAAUUAAAGUCCUGGGAUCUUCAGGUAGGGCUGGAAGAAACUCCUUGUCUGAAAUUCUUGAGAGUUGCUGCCAAGUCAGUGCAGACAAAACAAGAGUUAUAGGUAAGCUCAAUGACAUUCGCACGCUCCACCCAUGAAAAUUUCACAGAGAUUUUGUUCCCAAAUGUUGCCGCCCUGCACUAAUUUUCAGAUACAAUUCCUUUUCUCACUAACUGAUGGAGAAUGAUGGGUAGCCCAGAGAAAAGGGGGGAUCGUUCCUGAAGUCUUUUUGACUUCCAAAAUGUUCGGAAACCAAAGCGCAGCUUCUGAUUGGCUACAGGAAGCUCCUGCAGCCAAUCGGAAGCCGCAGAAGCCCUGUUGGACGUUCGGCUUCCAAAAAAAGUUUGAAAACUGGAACACUCGCUUCCGGUUAUCGUUCGGUAGCCAAAAGGUUUGGCAACUAAGCUGUUCAAUAUCCAAGGUACAACUGUACUUAACACCACGAAAGCUGGUGCUGAUAUGCCCAAAAUGUUGUAGAGGCUGCACCUUCUCAGGCACAUACCUCCACAUGCCCCAAAAUCCAACCUUUCUGGACAGCAGUCCGACAAGAGAUACACAAACAAGAUUAAGAAGAUAUGCAAGAGAUUAACUAAACAGGUAUUAGAACUAACCCCAGAACUGGCCCUACUGAACAUCUUUCCAAGAUCAUAAUGACCACUCACAUUAUACAGAGCUUAUAACCCACCUACUCUCAGCGGGCAGAAGCCUCAUAGCCAGACAGUGGAGAGACCUGACAGGAGUAAACAUGGGCCACUGGUACCAAAUUGUAUGGGAAACUAGAAAAGCUAACCAACAAACAGAAACUGACACAGGGACAAAUAGAAGAGGACACAUCUCCCCAAGUAUGGCUUCCCUUUAUCACAUGCACAGCCCAACAAGACAACGACAAGAACCCACUGACAACAUAUGAAUCAAUCUGGCUUUCUUGAGCCAACAAGCCCCUCCCCCCCAAAUGUAAACAAACCCAAACUGCAACCAGCCACAGACAACCAACCACACCCCGGACCCCCAAUCCCUCUCAUGACCAAGGAAAUGUAACAAGUGAAUAGAAAUACAACCUAUUCGGUUGACGCCGACACAAAACCCCACAUGUACACUAUAAAAAAAUAAUAUAGGUUUCACCACCACCCCUCCUCUUCCCCGACUCAACACUAAUGUCUCAUAACAAAUUUAACUGAUCUGUAAGAAAGACUGUACAACCCGAAAAAGAGACAAGGCAUGUACUUUUGUAAACCAAGAAAAUCUUUAAUAAAAAUUAUUAAAGUAAAAACAAGAAGCUGAUUCUAGAGUUGCAUGCUAUUCCCUGCUGCUAGGCUUCAAUUGUUUUCCACCUGUUGGCUAGGAGGUUCCUUCCCAUUCCAAAAAGCGGACUGGCAAUUUUCUUCAUUCUCUCCAAUUCCCUUUAUGUCCUGGUCUGAUCUACUCGACAGGCAUCUUUGGCAACACGUUACAAACGCCCUGAGAGAAGGCAACAUCAGCGCAGCAACAGACCACAAACAGCUUCUUGAGGAGCGGCAGCGAGUAGAGGAAAGGCAGCGAGCAAUUAGCAAUACGGUCUGGAAACCAAAAUAUUUCAUCAAAGAGGUAACGAGACUGCUACUUAAGUGGCAGUCAGCUUUUUAUUUUUCCUUUUACAAUGUUGUUUAGUCGUGUCCGACUCUUCGUGACCCCAUGGAUCAGAGCACGCCAGGCACUCCUGUCUUCUACUGCCUCCCGCAGUUUGGUCAAACUCAUGCUGGUAGCUUCGAGAAUACUGUCCAACCAUCUCGUCCUCUGUCGUCCCCUUCUCCUUGUGCCCUCCAUCUUUCCCAGCAUCAGGGUCUUUUCCAGGGAGUCUUCUCUUCUCAUGAGGUGGCCAAAGUAUUGGAGCCUCAGCUUCACGAUCUGUCCUUCCAGUGAGCACUCAGGGCUGAUUUCCUUAAGAAUGGAUAGGUUUGAUCUUCUUGCAGUCCAUGGGACUCUCAAGAGUCUCCUCCAGCACCAUAAUUCAAAAGCAUAAUUCAAAAGCAUCCAUUCUUUGGCGAUCAGCCUUCUUUAUGGUCCAGCUCUCACUUCCAUACAUCACUACUGGGAAAACCAUGGCUUUUACUAUACGGACCUUUGUUGGCAAGGUGAUGUCUUUACUUUUUAAGAUGCUGUCUAGGUUUGCCAUCGCCUUUCUCCCAAGGAGCUGGCGUCUUUUAAUUUCGUGACUGCUGUCACCAUCUGCAGUGAUCAUGGAGCCCAAGAAAGUAAAGUCUCUCACUGCCUCCAUUUCUUCCCCUUCUAUUUGCCAGGAAGUGAUGGGACCAGUGGUCCCACACCACUGGUCCCAUCACCUCCUUUUACAAUGGCAAUGCAUUAAACAACUGUGUUCAGACAUCAUGCUCAACUAGGGUUAGCAAGACGUGAAUGAACCUUGCAUCCUCCUGUGUGCUCUUUGGCUAGUUUAAGCAAACCCACUUCAAAAACCAUGGGUUGAAACCAUGGCUUGCUGGACCUAACCAUGGUUAACAUGAAGCGCGUAUGAUAUUUACUAAAAUAGGGAGUAACUGCCUCUGAAUUUCAUCAGAUCUCUGGCCCUGUGUGGAAGGAGAGGAGGAGAGCAUUCAAGCCCUGGAGGCAGUUAGCUUCCUUCACUAAAGGAAGAUAUCCUUCAGCGUGAUAUCUGAACACUGCCAGCAUUGUUAGGAUCACGAGGACCUUUGAUUUUUAAGAUUUGUCUUAGCCAUAGAACAUGCCUUGUUGGAAAGUUCUCUGAUGUUGACUCACGCAAUAUAGAUAAAGAUGGAGGAAAGACAAAUGCCCCAUUUAGCAACACUGGAGCGAAUUUUGACAAACUAUUUUUGGAUGCCAUUUAAAGUUACUUUUCAGGCUAUUCUGCUUAAUCUUAGUAACCAUUAACUCUUAUUAAAUGCAGGAAGCCAGGAGAUGAAUAGAAUGGGCGAGAUGGAACCUAUUAGAUGCCUUUUACCACAAUAAAUAUUUUAUUCAGUUAUUUAUAGGGAGACUUUUAUGGAGUUCUGCACAACUCUAUGAAAUGUCACGAGCCACUACAAGCUUAAAGCAAUAAGCCCAGGGCCAAAUGUGUGCAUCUUUCUGUCUCUUUUUCCUUUUCCUUUCAUUGAUUUCCCCCUCAGUUUGAUAUUUUUCUGUGGUUUGUGGAAGAGCUAAUAUCUAGAAACAGGAUUACUGUUGUCCCCCAAUAAGAAGACGGUUUUAUUGCAAACCAUUUUUCUGGAAGCCAAACAGAUUGUCUAUUAUCUUUUCGUUCAGACAGAACGUUUAGGGCGGGGGUAGGAAUCUGUGCCCCUGCCGAUGUUUUUGAACUCCAAUCCCCAGCCAGCCUGCUCAGGGAUGCAGGGAGUUUUUUAACCCCGCACCUGAAGGUCUACUUUCCUCCAUCCCUGGUUUAAAGUAAGGUUAAUAAAUGAGUAGCUUUGGCCACGAGGUGCAAUUAGCCUUGCAGACAGAAAACAAGAGGAGCCGAGAUAACAUUCUCUGGUGAAUAUAUUCCCUGUUAGAGACACCCCAGUAGGAAAAUUGCCCUGCCACUGAGAUAAAACAAGGCAGACUGCUGUAUUAAGCAGCAGUUACAAGUUUGUAAGUGCACCUUAUCCACAGGGGAAUCUUUCUUUAAAUCUUUCUCUGUUGUAGAUCCAGCUUCACAGAGGCAAGCUCCCUUAGUCUGCGAAGUGGCUUGCUUCCUCAGGAGUGGAGCUAUAUUGCAGAGAGGCUAUCAGAGGAAAUAUUUUCUGUGUGGAUGGCGCUCUUAUUGCCAGAUUAAUUGUGACUUUGGGAUCACGACUCAGAAAAUGCAAGCUUUGCAGAAGCUAUGGUGGACUUUGCAGAGUAUUUAACUUCUUGAAAAUUUGUUGUACGGCACUAAAGUGAGACUGACUUGCAAUUUCUGUGAUUCUUUACAGGAUGAAGGGUGGAUAUACUUUGAUCCCCUCUGGAAGGCUCAUUGAUAAUCAUCUCACCUGGACUCGAAAGGAGCCCAUUUUCUAAGGCAUUAAAAGAUGCACUUUUUAAAUUUCAGGUGUGAUCUUAGUCUUGCUAUAAAAGCUGCAUACUGUGAAUUAUGCAGCUCAAAACAGCUAAAAGCUCAAGUUUAUUGAAGAGCCAUUUCCUGUUCAUAUUAGAUAUAUGCACUUACAGUGUAUUGAUAUAUAGACGUCUAUUAUAGAAAACACCCCCCCCCCCAAAAAAUACACGGACGAUGAUUAAAACACAGUUCUUUUGCACUCAAGUCACAAUGUCCAUCACACUGCUUGCAGGAUAAGCCUUCGUAUUGGUAAUUGACACUUUUAGUAUUAUUAUUAUUAGCUGAGAUUUUCAAUUUUUCACAUUGCCCCCCCCCAAAAAAAAACGAAGAAUAAAAAAGGUUUUGCACUUAAGGCCACUUGACACUGACAGCAGUUUCAUGGUCAAGCCUGUGGCUGAAUCAACUCGCUUUGUCUGACACAAGAAAAUUUCCUUUGUGCAUCCAUACAAUAGAAUGCUUCUGUUGGUGAUUCACUCUCAAGCACUCACUUCUUGGCAUCUUGUAGGAAGACAGGAAUACCUAAGCAGCCUUGUUCAUCUGUUGCCCUCAUCUUUUCAACUGUAUGCUAUGCGCGCCCAUUGUCAUUCUUUUGAAGACCCAGAUCUCCUUGGUGAGUCCCUUGCCAGCUGAUGCAGCAGAGACUUCUGUUAUACCAUGCUUUAUAGAGCAGGCUUCCUCCACCUCGGCCCUCCAGAUGUUUUUGGCCUACAACUCCCAUGAUCCCUAGCUAGCAGGACCAGCGGUCAGGGAUGAUGGCAAUUGUAGUCUCAAAACAUCUGGAGGGCCGAGGUUGAGGAAGCCUGCUUUAGAGACUAUUCAUUGUACCUUCAAGUUGUAAGCAGAUUCGCCUUGUGUCUGUAUACCAUUCUUUUGCGAUACUAAUUGCUUUGAUACUCUUCCAUAUAGGGGGAGCGUAUGUGUAGCCCCUGAAGAAAAUAUCAGCUCUACAAUAGAGAUUUAAUUUAGAUGCUGAGACUAUACUACUUGGCAUAAGUUAAGGGCUUUAGAAAGGGGGGGGAGGGGAAAUCCUGCACCAUAGUUUUUGUAGUGUAUGAGAGAUGCCCUAAAGUGUUUAGUGACGCCAGAGGUUGUCAGAGUACUAUCUUGUCUACUAUUAAGAUUUUUGGCUUUUUUGUAGGAAAUUUAUGGUCCAAACCGGUUGUUCGGAAUACUGUUUAUCAGCUGCUGAGAAGGUAGAACAGGGGAGUAAAAACCCAGCCCACCCCCCUGCCCCAUAUUUCUCAUUUCCUGGUUGAUGGCAUUUGGAAUAACCCAAGAAGCACUGGGCAGUAGAACUGUCUGCACAUCAGCCCUUUGGACACAGGUUACAGAUGCUUGACUAAGCAUAGCCCUGUUGAGGUGAUUGGGGGUGCAUAUGUAUCUGAAUGGUUCAAUAGGUAAUUGCUCUGUUAGAGCCAGCAGCCAUUCUCUCUCUUCCUCCCUUUUUUGUACAUACAUUUGAACCAUUCAUAGAUGCGAUUGGGAUGCAUGAAGAAAACCCGUUGGGAAGGAAUUGCAAAAUCCAAGAAUUUACCGUGAGAUUGUUAGAGGAAGGAAUUCUAGUUGUGUUUCAGUUGUAGCUGCACAAUUGCUCAUAUAUCCUAAUGGUUAAAUAGGCUUGAUUUAAAAUAAUGGAUCAGUGUAGAAGGUUCUCUGCGUAGUCCAUGAAAUCAUCUUUACAGUCCCCCUAAAUCAUUCUACGUAUUAGUUAGGAAUGCUGAUUUUUUCUUUGUAUUAUUUUUGUGCCUUGUCUGCUCUGAUUCACUACUCACAGAUUGUAUAUUAAAAAAAGGAAAGAUACAUUAGUUAGCUUUUUAAUAUUUUUCUCAGCAGAAAUGUAAGGUGGCAGUCCAAACUAUACACAUAUAUCUAUAUAUAAAGGAAUGUAUUACAACUUUGCAUUAUCCUUGCUUUUAGCUCUUGCCUUUGAAGAGCAUCCAACAUUUUACCUGAAUACCUAUGAAUCAAGCUCAACCUUUGUCCCUAUUUGUUGUAUACUUGUAUCAGCAUAUGAAAGCCAUUGUAUUUAUAAAAGCAAAUUUUUCUUAAACAUGUUUAAACCAUAUUUUAAAGGGGGGAAAUGUACAUCCUCAGUGUAAUACAAAUCUUGUUUUAAAAGGAAAGUUUUAUAGAUACUGAUUUUCUGUUUUCAAAUUCUAAGUCUGAGUGGUCUCUAGUUGCAGCAGAACCUGAUUUGCACUGCUUGUAUAAACUCUUGUUUUAAAGAGGUCAGCCUGUUAAGUCUCUGGUAAACCACAAGUAGUAAACAAAUGCUCUCAGUGUCACCUGAAAUCUGAAAGUAUCACCUCUCAGUAUUUUGCUCAUUCGCCAAAGAAAUUGUUACAUCCUCAGAUUACAUUAUUAAUGUUAAUUUGAAUGUCUAGGUUGUAUUUUCCUUUUCUGAUUUGAAAAUGGUUACCAGUACUGCAGGAUAAAGCUACAUUUGAAUGAACACUUUACAAUUCCUGGUGUGUUACAGAGUCUUUUCUACUUAGCACCGCAUGGUUUUAAAAAACACCGUUUAACGUUCUAGUAAAUACCUUUCUUUCCUCAUGUCGGUUAAACACCUGCUUCCUCUACUGAAAUCAGUCAGAAUUUUAUUUUCCAGCACUAAGAGGUGCAGGCUCAUAUUUGGAUAAAGUUAAUCAACAUGAGGUUCCAAACAGGAAGCCAGGUGGACUUUCCCCUUGCGUUCCAACUUUAUGUACCGCUCCUUGUAUUUCACAAUUAUGACAGAUUAUUUUGGAAUAUGAAGAAGCAACAUGCCUUAUUUGUAAGUUAUUUCAUGUUUGUCUUGCACCUGCAACUGAAGGAUUCUUUUCAGUGUAGAUGCUGUACACUUUGAAUGGUAAUGUAAAUUUUGAUGUUCUUGCAGUUAACCUUUGUGCACAGCUGUAGGACCUAUGCAAAUUUUUUCUUAAACACAACUGUUCGUAAACGAAUUUAUACUUAUUUGUUUAAGAUCCAAUUCUCUGGCAGUCACUUCUGAUUAGCCUUCCUUUCAUAAUUUUGUGAACUGAACUCACAAACGAAACACUCAAUAAAUUUUAUUUGAAUUUA